AUGGAGUUCCUUGAAGAAAAUGAUUUCAUUGCCAGUGCCCAACAGGGCUUUCGACGAAAUCACUCCUGCCUAACUAAUAUGCUCUAUUCAACGGAACAGUGGUCUCACUCGUUAGACGAAGGAACAUGGGUCGAUAUCGUUUACAUCGAUUUCAAGAAAGCCUUUGAUAGUGUUCCACACCGCCGGUUACUUUACAAGGUCCGAGAGUCAUGGAUAAGGGGAAACCUAUUAAAAUGGGUAAAGGACUGUCUGACUGGUCCAUCACAGUCUGUGUGUAUUGGUAGCGCGAAGUCAACGCCAGAGCCAGUUGUGAGUGGAGUUCCCCAGGGCUCUGUACUCGGACCAGUACUAUUUUUAUUUAUGUAAACGACUGUAUGAAUGGACUGGACUGCAAUGGAGUCAUGUUUGCCGGUGACAUCAAGUUUUGGCGAGCGAUCAACGGCGAACAUAAUGAACGGGCCCUGCAAGAAGGACUGAACCGCCUAUGCGAAUGGUCUGACAAAUGGCUGCUAAAGUUUAGCCUUGAUAAGUGCGUCGCGCUGCGACUCAAAACGACUGGAAGAGCUGACGGAGAGGAUCACCAUUACCAACUUGGUGGAAGGUGCCUUUUAAAUGUAACCGAACAAAAACGCCCUUGGAUAUACAUUUUGUCGACCCUUAAGCCUUCAUCUCAGUGCGUUAGGGCGGCCAAAACGGCAACCAGUGUUUUCUUUGCCAGUAAACGAACUUUCAUAGGCAUAGACAAAGAGUUAUUUGGAAAAGUUAACGGGGCGUUCAUUCGUUCGCAUCUGGAAUAUGGAAUCCAAGCGUGGCGCCCGUGGCUAAAAAAGACUAUAAGUUGCUAGAAAGACUUCAGAGGAGAGCGACAAAAAUUGUGAAAAACCUCAGGACUUUACCUUACAACUGCCGACUUAAUAAACUAAUACUUUUUCCUCUUGAGUACAGGCAGAUUCGAGGAGGCCUCAUACAGGCGUAUCGGAUACUGGGGAACCGGCACAGUGUCCUAAACCUCGAUAAUUUCUUCACCCUGGCUACAAAAACAAACCUGCGUGGGAACUCUCUAAAACUUAGAGGAUCCCGAUGCCGCCUGGACGUUUGCAGAUACUGCUUUUCACCGCGAGUCGUCGGUGCCUGUAACGGGCUUCCCGAGGACGAGGAUGUAUAUUUGCUUCGACAUUACCGCUUGUCUGGACAGAACAGCUCGGUGGUGCCAAACCAACGCCUCGCAUACACCUACCGCUAAUGCGGAUGACUGUCAUUUCAUUUUACCGAGAUCCUCUAUACUUGAAUGUUCUUGAGUUUUGGUCCUGUAUUUUCAAUGAAAAUAUUGUCUUAAGUGUAUAUAUUGCUCAAAACAUUUAAGUACCAUGUUUAUUUAAAGUUGGAUAUUGCAUGAACCGUUUACAAUAGGGUGUUCAAAGGUUUUGCCUAUUACCCUUAAAGUAUACUGACCAAAAGCAGAAUUCAUGCGCUAGAGGAGGCUAUUCACGUCAAAGUUGCGAGACGAGAGGAACGCAGACGCGAUCUGUCCUAGUACGCUUCGAGUCCAUACGAGUAGAGGGCAAGGGAAAUAUGGUCAUGGAAUCUCUUUGCAAACCGACCAAACUACUAGUAGAUUGUGAAUAUAGAAAGUUCCGCCAUGGGCGUCGACAGACAGCUUAGGGACGAAAUGAGGAAAUGUCACCGAGAAACACGAAAAUCGUCGCUGUUGGAGAAGAGUAAAAACAGUGGACUUAGUAGCCAAUUAAAAACAGGGAGUGGGAGUUUCCACGUAAUCUACCAUUAAAUCUCUCGGGGACCCUUCUCAAUGUCAAGAUGCCGAGUGUUUGGAAAUAAUACGGCCAAUAAGGACUUUACAAUUCCCGUGGAACAGUGAUUACACAAUUUUGAUUUGAAUGACGAUAACUUAAACGAUGAUUUAAGUUCUGGUGCAAAAUUAUUCGGAAGUAAGGCAAAUUUAUAUGCAAAAGUGGGGGCGUUUAGAUGUAGUGCGAAGGGGCGGUGGAACCAGCAUACAGGAAUUGCGCGUGGCAUACGACCGAUCUCUCGGAGUGAGUGUCAAUGCACGGAAGAUUGGAGCUAGAAAUGGACAUUCCAGUCUCCCUUGUCUUUGUCGGUAAAAACAUUCUGCCCGUAUCAUGCGCCGCUGUGCGGCUGCUGGUUGUGCUCGAGAAAGAGAGUCCGUAGGGCACAACGGAACGAGUGAGUUCCGUAAGAACGAUCGGUGAGCGUCUCUCCUUCACAGUUCGUUUUUAUUUAGCCUCAUGCGUGCUGACGUGCGAAAAAAAAUAGAAUCCACCCAAAAUUUUUACGAAGAGUUUUAACCGCGGAAUACCGGAAUUUGUCAUACCAAUAACAGUGAUGGCUUACAGGCCUGGAUCCUUUGUGGUUUUGUUGAUUAUAAAAGGGACUAUUUUUAUUAUUUACACUUUUAUAUAAUCACAUCUUUAACCAACUCACUAGUUUAAAACAUCUUGUCCACUCCGACGUAACAGUCACCGUGAGGUCUUUGUCUGUUUGUUUCUUCAGCCAACAGCCACAACGAUUCUUCAGUGCCUCUGUUUGGUUCAGCCCCAAUUUCAUGAAAAGAGGCGCCGACUGAAAAUAUUUGAUGCAGUGCUACCCAGCCCUUUAUAGACUGUCGUCAUUUCAUUAACAACAGCUUUUUUCCUCCUAAAACCUCCAAACUAUACAAAACACCACCCUCUUUAUUUAAUUAUCAGGCUUUUUUCACCGCUGACCGGACUUGUGUUUAAUCUUUACCUGACAUUGCCUGCAAACUUGGGUUAAAUACUAUUAUGAUUAUUACUUUCUCUGAUGGCGCUAACGUAUAUUUGGCUUUUCUGAGUUCGGCUCGUCAUUACUUUUGGCGUCUCUGCAACACUUUUGUUAGACGUGGUUUUCCUAUUCCCCAUCAGUACCGUUAUUGUGUCAGUGCGAGAUCACGGUUUCGUCCAGUCUUAAAGCCUUGAGUGUGAAUGAUAAACAUCCAAACGAUGUUGUCUACAUUCCCCUGGCUGAACGGAUGUAGCUCACUUUUACGUGGUUGUCGGAGAGACAUUCCGCACUUUGGGGAUGAUUACCUGUCGGUUGUGAUUCCUAGUACAUAGCAAGUUAAGUGCUUCCGGCAGGUUUAUGUCAAACGCAUUAGGAUUUAUUUCACACAAGACUGAUAGGACAUUAUUGCAUUAGUAUAAGUUAUUCCCUAUAACGAAUCACUUUCUCUCAUUAAAAUGACACGGAAUGUUGGCGUCUGUUAAUGAAGCCUUGAAAGUGGGUCUUGCUUGAAGCUGCAGCAUCCUCUACUGACUAGUCGUGUAGUGCAGACGGGUUCGGACGAUGCUUAGCCUGACAGGCCAAUCUUGCUAAAUAUUUGCUUGUCCCAUUGUUAAUUAACGGGUUUCUCUGUCUGUUUGUCGCUUUCCGCUAAAUAACACCUCUUUUUGGCACUUAGUACAGGUUAUCUUUCUGCGGCACCACCCUGCAACUCGCAUCCUCGGUAUCGCAAAUUCCUCUGUAUUAAUCUCUUAACUAAUCAUUAAAUUUUGUCAUACGAACUGCGCCUUCGCCUGCAGUAACACGACUGGGAAUCAUAAAAAGAGAUAUUAUGUAACGGAUUAAUUUUAGGUCCUCAACCAUCCCAUACGCAUUUUCUGUGGAAAUUGAACUUAAGAACAGCUCACCAAUGAAAUUUCUCGAAUGUUCUCAGAUAGCCUGACCUUGAUCCGCAAGUCGUGGUAAACAGUCAUCCUGUGCUUUAUAGUGUUUUUUAGUUAAUUCAGGGGCUUUUUAACAUUAUAAGCUCAUUAUUGAGAUAGUGCCUACAGUCUGCUUUUUUGCGGUUGUGUGCAGUUUUGCAGAAAUUUAUUUCCCACUUAAAGUGAUCUCGUAACGCAAGACGGCGUGGAGUGUUCUUAAGAACACUCCACGCUGUCUUGCGUUACGAGAUCAGUAAUGAACGCCUUACAGCAAGUCAGUUGAUUGUUUGGAAUCGAGUGCUGCCCAGUUCAGUCGCCGGUAGCCCCUCUUCACUCCCUGCCGUAUUCGGUGGAUAUUUGUAGAUUUCGACCCUCUUCACCAACGAGAACUGUAUAUCAAGGGGUCGUAAUCUUUUCUGCCUGUGCCCCGUAUGUUUUUUGUGUUGACCUUCCAAUUAUGUAGUUUUAUUGAAUUAAAUGCCGCACGUUAAGCUCAUGGGGCGGGUGGCAACCAAUGUGUCUAAACCACCACAAAAGCCUUUCGAGUGGCCUUCCAUAUCGUUACUAUGUCACUGCUUACUUGACACGACAUCUGUAUAUCUCAUUCCGAUGGCUUUUACCUGGCAACGAGGGCCGGAAAUCUCCGGUUUUCGCUAGUCCUACACCCAUAGCUUACCGUUAACAACUGUGGAGUAGGACUGGCCGAAUGUAUGCUCACUUUGUGGCGAUUAAGAUAUCGUUGCGAUCCCGUGUACGCUCUCACAAACGUGCAAACCUUCAGACAGCAUCGAUGAAGUUGACACUAUUGCCCUGAUUUUGUUUGCUUGACAGCAUCGUGGCCCAAAGACAUUCAAAAACUCAACUUAUUUGAGUUGACAGCCAUCCAUCACGUGAUUUAUCUCCUCUUGGUUAGAGCUACAUUUCGAGAUCUGGUUUUAGCUGCGUUAAUGAAUAAACCGACUGGUUUGGCAAACUUAUUCAUCCGAAACGGCAUUCUGUAGGCCGAUAAAGCCUUACUUUAGUAGAACAACAUUUCCAGCGUAAUUGAGGUCGGUCGGUUGAUGUUAGAUAAAAAUUCGAAGGUUGCAGCGGUGCGGAGCCCCUUCAGUAAUCUACUGAAUGGCAGUUAACUAGGACUAAUCACACGUUACAGCCUUGUGCGUCAGACUAUAUCAGCUGACUGGAAGAGGUUGUUGUGAAUGGGGGCAUGCGCUUUGGUUGCACGAUAAUUAGCACUGAUAAGCGGCGUAAGGACUCGCAAUAUACGACAUUGAGUGCUGCAGCGAACCCGACAAAGCGGACAGCAGCCGACUGUUGGUAGCCAUGUCGAUGUUCGAGGAUGCACCACAGUACCAUUUUUGAUUGAAACGUCCGUCCCCAGCAUAGACCCCGUUUGACGAAAAUGUUGGUUGGCUGUUGUUUGCUUUUCACCUCAGUCAUGCUGACGUUUGAGAACGUGCUUUUUAUCUUUGCAUAAUUCUGCUAGUCAUUUUACAGCCACAAUUAUACUGGUAUGCCAGGUUUCACACUUGAAAAGUUAACUCUACAGCCUGGCCGUUAAUAAGGGCUCUUCUAUGAAUAGAUGCUACUGCUUUUGAGGACUACCAUUCUGACCUGUUUUCAGAAAACCGAAAGAAUGUCGCAGGGAGCCGCUCUUUUCGAUCGUCCUGUGCCAACUCAGCAACCACGACAUCUGCUGCAAUUUAAGGCUGGAAAGAUGACGAUGAAGAGCGAUCGCUGGGUUCACCCGGAUCCGCGCAAGGGCUGCGCCUAUCUCUACCAGUCAAGUGACUCGAAAGUGCACUUCUGUUGGUUUGACCGUCGGACGGGUCUGGUGGAAGACGUAUGCAAAUAGUAUCUUUGAUUGACUUCCCUAGAAUUUUGUUCUCGUUCCAAAACAAACCGAAUUCAAACCUGUUUCGCAGUGCAAGUCAGGCCGAGUGUAUGUUCUAAAAAACAAGGAUCAGCGUCUGUUCAUUUGGAUGCAAGAGCCGGAUGCCAAGAAUGACUCCGAGAUUUGCGAUUCUGUGAACCGGUUUAUUGAUUCUCCACCGCCGGCCACGCGUAUGUGUAUGUCUCUCCUUUAGGUCUUAUGCAGUUUUUAGCUGAUCUUCUUGGAAGCAUACGAGGAUUGUCCGGGUUGAGCCAGAACGAUCUGCUAGCCCUCCUUUGUAAGAAGUUUCCUUGUAUGCUAAAUUGAACUUACAUUUAGCGAUGGGCGUCGGACUUGGUAGCGGAUUGUCGUCGGAUACUGACACGUAAGUAAUCAUUCGCCAAUUUAUUUAGGAAACUUCUUAAAGUUGGCGGUCAGGCCGUGCAAUUUGCGCGAAGGUUUUAGAAGGCAUGGCGGAUCGCACUUUCUGUGCUUUAUGUGUUUAAAGUUGAGCUACUUCGCCGGGUCCACACCGUUCCGCAUUUCUUUAUUCAUAUCAGUCUGGCGACCCUUUUUACACAAUCGCAUAAAGUUUUGGCGUCAUAGUUUCCCGACUGCCCUUUCAACUGGGUUGCACCUGGGAAGCACCUUCUUCUAGUUUGUUGUUCGAGAGAAAUAUAAGCAUAUAGCGCAGAAAGAUUUGGACCAUUUUUAAGGAAAUGCAGCCACGCAACUCCUUUUAUCAACAUGAGACCUAAUCCGAGGAGAGAAGAAAGCUGAUAAAACUGUCUGAUUACCUUGCCACACAGCAACACAUUAGAUGUGUAAGGAAUAUCAAAUAACGUACGACGUUUAAGGUGUGGCAAUCUAGCAAAACAUUACUGGCUAGGUCACAACAGAUCGAGGAAUUGCGAAAACCAGAAAACGAGCACUAUAGGCCGGAAGUGAAACAGUGAUGUUUCUUUUGUAACGCUUCGCCUUUUACAGCGCUAAGCUAUCCUUGCCGACUUAUUAUGUUCGGAAUUACUAACAGUUUGGCGUGCGCCACGGUGCACUUCGUAGCUACUGUCAUUCCUAAGCUUUUACUAACGUUUGAUGUUGGAUAUCGUGCCGACAAUGACCAACGCCUACGUGUUUCUGCUCCCUACAGCUCAUCUGCUCAGGCCUUAGCCGCCUCCACUGGCAUGCAUCUGAACAUGAGUCGGGUCGAGUCACCGGCUGUGCAUUCGGCUGCACCCACCGUGCCCCUGAUACGUCCUAGUGCUUCUUCCACUGCCGGCACAACAGAGGCAAGCCACCUCUCUGGCCCGUCACCAGUACGCUCCUUUGAUUUUUUCGUACUCCGUUGUUAAUCGGCUGGUUCCUCAUCCUUGUCUGUUGUCGGCUUUUUCGUGUCAGCCGCGCUUAGGUUGCAUUCACUCGUCGAGGUUUGUUGAGCUUAUGCUUACGUCGAAUGCAGCCUGACUGUCGUAUAAGCAGCGGAUCCUUAGGCUGAACGUCCCUCUGACGUUUGCUACCUUUACGCACUGAGCAAACGGAAGCACAGUAAAAUGUCACGGACUAAGCUUACCUGAAAUUAAUGCGCAUACGAUCACGCCCGGUCUUGCUGACCACGACGAUUCCCCUUCCGAUGUAUCCCCACUCUCAACGGCCUGUGGCAUUGGGUCUGGUAAGCUCCAACCACUGUCUUAUCCCUUACAAGAGACCGGCUGUUAUGGAUCUGAAAACAACUUUAUCAUCGUGAUGCACAUUAUCCAUUCCGUGUUUGAAUUUGCUGCCUCUGUCGCUUUCGGUGAAGGGACGGCGUUGAAUUAGGAGUAAUAUUAAACUCGCUGAGUGGGUGAUGAACAGCGCGAUCUUUCUUGUGUAACUUAGGUUUCCUCUGCUAUGUGGUGAAUGCAGACUGUCCUUUGAGACGAAUUCUGUUCAGAUCACCCGAGCAACUGUUCUCACAAAAUACGUCGUGGAACCAGCUUCCCAUUGUAUUCUCCAGUUACUACUUUGUUCAAGCAAGAUGAGUGGCAAUCUGUGUUCUUCUUAAACAUCUAAUCGAAUAUUUAAUUGCCACAGUGCAAGCAUAUGUGAAGUGGCAGUAGAUUCUGAACACCUCAACAUCUUUGUUGCCGGUCCACCGUCUAGUUCCAUUAUUUCCCACGAAGACCGACGAUAGACGUAGUCAAAAAGUACAUUUAAAUAAUAAGACCGACGGCCGUUGUUUGUUGGUAGCCACGGCGGAAUCCGGUAACUCGUCCACCUGGAAGCCCAGUCUGACUGCACCUUACCCUCACACUAGGCAUAUUUAGAUCUGAGAAUGCCGAUAGAAAGUGCUUUUUUUUCUAUAAAAUACAAGAUUUUCUGCGGCAUCUGUUAUGUUUUAUUUUAUCUCCCUACACACACGGCAACGAACUUCAUCUGUACUUUGGUCUACUCGGUCAAACGCGUAUGCACGUCAACAACAAGUUUAAUGUCACACAUCGCCUAUGCGGCGACCAUUGGACGUCGUUUUGGUAGACCAAAGGUAGGAAAGACAGUGUACAACCUUAUGUUAAGUUUGUGCUUUUCGAGGAAGUGUAGUAAUGCCAAACACCGGCGUUUGUGAGGUACACGGGAACGCCAGCUUCUGGCCGUCGCGACUUCCCCUAGCCAUCGGUGAGCAACGGGUGUGAGGAGGAUGAUGUGAGUGAAACGCAAGUCCGCUUUACUGUGAACAAAUCCAAGCGCAAAUCACGACUGCGUCCACAUCGUGGGCCUGGGAUGGACCCCGUUGAUUACCACUAUUGACCUAUCAAGAUGGCCAGAAGGUAAGACGGGAAGGCGCAUCUGUCCGUCAGCCUAGCAGCUGUGGCAUCUGGCGUGUUUGCGGGCGGCGAAUAGUGAAACCGUCCUUAGUGAAGGUUAUUUUUGAAAUAAUCAGACUUGCUCCCGACGACCAGCAGCCACAGAGCAGGGAGGGGUUGAAGUCAUUGGCAGCGCCAGCCGGACUGAUAAGGUUACGGCGACAUCGCGUCCGUGAACCGCCACUGAAUAAGUUCGUUUGUUACCACAACCUUGCAGCUAGAGUAAAUCACGCUAAAACACAGGAGGAGACAACCUCAAACCAAAUAUUCGGACGACUAUUGAGGUUAAGUAUGUAUCUAAUAUCCCAAAGAACGUAUUGAAUGUCCGGGCCAUUAUUACGACCUAUGCCAAGGGGUCCGUGCUAACCAACCUAUUUCUACUACUGCCCAGUAAACAAAAAUCCGUGCAUAGUCAAGGACCAGGGAACUCAACAUGCAGGAAAUCCCUAGACCUCAAUGGCGUGCAGGCGCCUCAAUCCCAAAUCUCCCCUUAUUUAGCAUCGUCCACUGCAGCUUUAUCGAGCCUCCGAACACCACAACUGUUGCCGUCAGUCCAUUCCCAAUUUGUUUCGUUGGUUUUACUUCUGCACCUCACUUUGUUCAUUGGAGUUCUUCGUGGUCGAUCAUUCUGCACGAUAGCACGUUAUCGAAGUUACUUCGCUUGUUGUCUUUCGAGCCGUUUCUCCAACUGGUGACGAUACACUCGGUCAAGGAUCCGACUUCGCUCUUUCUGUCUGCUGACCGAGAUGGUUCGACCAUGCACUGCACCAACCUGAAGGCCAACUUGCCCAACGACCCGUGUUGGUGACGGCAUCGAGGUAGGCAACUACGUGUCGGUGGCUAUCGUGAAAGUUAGGCUCGAAUGCAUUUCUUGCCGUGGGGUUCCCGUCUACAAGACUGGCAUGCUAAGUGGAUCUGUUUCACCUUAGAGUCUACGUACAACUGCAGCGCUGUGCCGACCCUGCAACAUGGAACCGGUCAUGCUCGCUGCCGUCACAAGGAUGGUCGGACCCCGGUUUUCACAUGCCAUUUUAUUUUAUUGCGCUUAUCAAAUUCCCUCAUUGACCUAGGAUGCCAGAACGUCGAUACAGGACUGUACUUACUUUUACUUGGUACAGCUGCGAUCAUAUCUGAUCUAUCCGGCCUCGAUGGUGUCACGGACUGUACUUCGCCACGCGUUACGAUCUGCGGUAUCAGAUCCGGACAGCUCAACCCAUUCUCUUCGCCAGCGGCAGAGACCAGAUACCAAAGGUCCGAGAACCACCUCCAUGUCGUGACGGAUUUUGUCGAGCCAGGUUUUGAGUCGACCCCCGCUUCGACGCCUCUAAAUGAGUAACGGUGCCGGGUGGAGGACAGCAACACUGACCUCUUGAGGUGGACGAUAAAGAACCUGUCCAAACCACCAUAGUCGUCUUUCUUGGGUGGCCUAAGAUAUCCUUGUGGUUGUCGCAGCGAGUGGGGACUGUCUCAUUUGAGACGAAGUCGGGGUCCUUCACACGGAGGAUGGUCCUCGUGCAGUGAUGGUCACAUACCUCCAGUUGUCGCUCAUCUCCCACGCGCACAGCCCAGCAUUCACAACCGUACAGAAUGACUGACUAAACGAAUGUAUGGUACAUGCGAAUCUCCGUGGUGAUGGAGAUGUCGCGUCGGAUCCACAGGCAUUGCUAGUAUGCCUUUAUCAUGGCGAUGCUUUUGGUCGUCACGUCAUCUAGUUCCAUUACUCGCCGCAUGGACUCAUGAUAACGGAAUCGGACGCGGCAGCAAAGCCAACAAAACAGACGGUAGUUUGUCGUUGGUAGCUAUGACGAAAUGCGAGUAUGUGCCUCAGUGUAGAUAUCUGGUCUGUACAUCCACGCCGAGCUCGAAAUCCGGCCUGGCUAGGCCUCAGUGUCGAGGGCGGAUAAUUUGGUACGGUUCUCGAGUGUCAACAACGUUUAAGGCCUGCUCCAUAUAGGUUGCUGUAUCAGCCAAAUAUUUCUUCCAGUCAUCCCUAGCCGAUUUUUCCGUCAUUUUCCGGAGUUGGUGGAAGGAAUCAUCGUUACAGGACCUGGAUUGAUCAGUUUGAGCAGACAACUGUUGAGUUUCCCCGAUGAUCCAGUCCCUGCUGCGUUGCUGAGUGUGUCCGAGAAUUCUCUCUGGUGUCCCAUAGACUGAUAACUUUGAUUAUGGUCAAUGGCUACUGCGUUCUCCGACGGCUUUGGUGUUAAAACAGCUGGAUUCCCCUGCCCACGACUUCGGUGGUUUUGUGACACCAAGGCGUCUUGUGCGCGGCAAUUUGGGUGCAGGGGAGAGGUGAACUUUCUAGCGUGUGCAAACGAAAAUAUAGUCCGACCCCUGGGCAUUACCAGUUCCGGUACCACACAUCGAUCUACUAUCGUGAACCCAGCUGUGGAACCUUGAACCGACUAGAAUGUAAACGGUGUGACCGGCCGUAUGACCCUCGUUUGAGCACCAGGCCAGCAGAUGUUUGUGACGAUACUGGAAGCACGUGUUGGGGGCAAAUAGUCCGUUCUGAUCAACAAAUUUCAACAUUCUCUCUUCAUUGUCGCAUCGCGAACCAAGCCCAAAGCGGCCGAUAAAACAACUGAAGAAUGGCCAGGUGCAGUAUGGCCAUUUCAGACUCCGGCAACAACCAGCAGAUCACGACGGGGGAGUCCUUCAACUAACGCCUGCGCCUACAACAGAAUGAGAACAGACCUGAACCACCUUUAUGAUUCUUCUGUCGACUUGGGCUCCGCAGCACCCCUGAAUGGGUCCAAUAGUUAUUUCAGUCGCUUCAAAGACUGCAAAUUCAAACCACUAACAAGCAUUCGAUGUGAGGCCGAGUGCAUGUUUUCAGAGCCGCGGGCUGUUGUACUUUAUCGGGGUUAUGUUAGGGUUAGUUUUCGGGUGCCUGUGAAGGCGAGUAUGCCAUCCCAGCCCCACACACCGGUUCCCUGUCAUAUGCAUCAGAAGAACCCUUGGCUGGUAAUUGGCUUUCCAUCUUACCCAUUUUUGUGGUCCAUCCACGUACUUUUUUUCGCGUCUCGUUAAUUUGACAUUCACUGAAGCUGUUGUCAUUAACAGGCUCGUUUUCGGCUGCAAGACCUCCACUCCAUCCUCUCGGCUGUCCAACCCGGACCUUCUGUUGGUAAGUCAAGUUGUGCGUCUGCCCCACCCACCGAACUUCGCGCAUAUCCUCAGCGGUCACGAAGCCACCCCUGUCAGACUCUUACCUUUUAUCACUAGUCCUCUCUUUAAAGAUUCCAGGAGAGCCACAUUUUCAUAUUCCCUACUAUCACAACAUCCCAGGCACCUGAACCUGCCUAAGUGUUAUCCUCGCUUUACUCUCUCUCUCUCUCUCUCCCUCUCUCUCUCUCUCCCUCUCUCUCUCUAGAUUCUCCUGCAUUGAAAUUCACGCCGACGACCAUAGUAAUUGCGUGCCUUGCUUCAAUCCUAUUGAGCCCCACUGACUUCAUCCGCGCCAUGAUCGUCUUUUAUGAUCAGCGAGAUGAUUUUAAAUAUUUUUUUCAUAUCGAUGGAGUUACGAUCGUCUCAUCAAGGCACGUGUUUCGCUGGUUUUAUGUCGCCGUGUUGUUCAUUAGCUUGUGUUGAUAAUGGAUCCGGGCUCCUUUAGAAGUCAUGUGGGUAGUUAAAUUUCUCGGCUUUUUCCAGAUUUAUGGGCUGAAAAGCCCCCACGUCUGCAGCGCUUGACUUGAUCAGACUUGCGUACUGAUAUGCGUAAACGUAUAUCUCUCCGUUCUGUUCUGUCGGAAGGACUCUUACCAAACUAUCAAAACGGAAACCCUACCCAUCGCCACUACUGCUCUGCGCCCGAAAAAUUUCGAAUUAUCUAGCAUUCUAAAUUGCUUGUCGCUCAUGCGCAUCAGGAUUAAGCAGCACGUUAUCGAGGUCCACCGUCAUUCAUUGCCUACGGACCGUUAGCGGUAUUUAAACUAAAAGAAAGCCUCUUGUGCACGAAAUUUUCGGGGCCGCUAUGCAAAGUUUGCCUUUGUCCGAAAUGUAAAAAGAGAGACACGGACACCGGUUCCUAUGCAUUUACCCGCACUCAGUUGUCUGAACUAUCACCGAACAUCUGCACACUGUCUGCAGUCAUACUUGGCGCCGUCAUUAUCGGGGGCUGGGCACAGUGCAUAAUAAAGCCACUUUGCGCACUCAUGUUACUGAUAAGGAACGUAAUAGCCCCCCUAAAAUUUUGUUUGAUUUUACAUUCACCUAAUAUUUAAGAGCAUUUUUUCCCGUUAAUCCGAAAUUGACUCUUCGAUAAUGUCAACAGUUGGUGUAAUUCAGCUGCCUAUCAGAUCACUAAUUCUGUUGCCCGCUCUUAACAAUUUAACCAAUCCUCCCGUUUGUGGCCUCCCCUCAGCUGCGAAGAUUGAUUUGUCCGAGGGUAUAAACGCGGACUCUGUGCGCGACCUUCUGCCAAAGAAAGACGUGGAGGACCGUUUAGCCAUCCACCUUCCUCCCCGGGAUCCCGAGGACAAGACUUUAACUGCCGCCGAAAACAUCAUUACCAACGUCCAGUCUGCGCAGUUCCAGUCUGCCCUCAAGGUAUUUAUGAGCGUAACUUUGGCUCUUCGGUGUCAGCUGAUUUCCUCCUUGGCCUCCUGCAUUGAACUUUUUCGGCUUGGUUGGCGAAUAUAUCCCAACACUACCACAAUCUUAAGGCCAAGUUCCGCUAGACAUUAGCCGAGGUGCGCCGGUAGGACGUGUUUUAUUUUGCACAGACGUCGGGAACGCAGUCGUAGCAGUGUACGUUGGUCGCUCUCCAACGGACUGCACUGGUCAAACAGAGGUGGGCACGAUUUAGGAACUUGCGGUAGCGCACGUCACUGUCAGCGGCAGAAAGUCCAUAACUGAACUGGCUGACUUUUAAUUGGCCUUCCUAUUGAAGCCCCACCCGUGCCGACUUUUGCGUCAGACCUUCCGUGUCAACCACAGUGGUAAGGCUGAUAUAGGACCAGGGUCUACGAAUUCAUCUCUGUCAGGAGUGGCUUUUAACUGCAGAGGAUGACCUUCUUUCGCCCCACCAUUUUACUAACGCAGCACCUGUUAGGUGACUGGUAUGUCAGUUGGCGGAAUCGGUGUGUCAAUGUCACGCUUCCUGCAGUUGGCCCGAAGCUCGGCCACCCGAUUAACCAAAGGCCGUCACUCGCUCGACGGAGAAGUUAUGCCUCAAAUUAUUUAGCGGAUACCAGGAACAGUGUGUCUUUUCUCGAUGUAGGUGGUCGCUUUUACGCGCCUGGGAACGAUUACGUAGCUACUACUUCUAAUUUCGCGUGCUAUUGAGCCCAAUAGUCGUGUUUUUAAGAUGGACCUGCCGCAAUGCCUUGUGGUCGAGCAUGCCAUUCCACGCGUACUCAUAUCGUGAUUCCGCUUGUCGGGUGCUGUGGAGCAGCUUUGCACUUCCGCCUUACGCAGGAAACUGUUACUCCUAAAGUCUUUCCAAGGUCGCCGGCUGUAUUGAAUCAUCAGUGUCUUUGUGCUUGUUUUUGCCGCAUGUUUUAACUAAAGGGGCCUCAUAGCUCGUAAUUUUAUGAAUCCGCAUAUUCUGCUCUAUACUUAUGGUUGUCAACUAUGCAGGCGCUGCGUCCGGCUAUCACACCAUACGCAGCCACGAGCAUGCACGACCGAGUUAUUUGUCAGGAUGGCCCUGCACUAAUUUCGUCAGUUCUUCUUACAGCUUGCUCUCGCAACAGCUGUACCAGGUCGGACACGAGCUUUAACAAGUGACUUUCGAGGUUUUUCAUUGCUACUUCUCCGUGAUUAGUCAUCACUGCGCGACAGUUCGGGUAAACUCUACACUCGGAUCGUCGAGGCAAGCUGAAAACUCCCGAUUCCCUUCCCUAGUCAGGAGAGACCAAUAAAUGUCACUUGUUGGAUGUUAGUCGUGAAACUGGUGGAUUCCUUGGCUUAACCCCUUAAAGUGGUGAUCGUUCACAUUCUCCGAUGAAAACUCUUCCCAUGGAUCCCGAAAUAAUUCCCUGUACAGUCAUUGGAUGAUCCAUUUAUAGGUCUCCUUGAAUUGUCCGAGAUUAUUGACCCUGGCUGUCUCUUCUGACUUUUCUGUCGUAUUCUGCAGGCUCUUCAUCUGAUAUGGGGCGUAAUGUGUUUCACCGGAAGAGCUUUAGGUAAAGACUCCUACGCACUUUGGGUUGGCAUGUCGUGCCUCGAACGGGACUCUAUCUGAGACGUCAGGCAGACGGUUGUGGCUGUUCGACUUGUUCGUUCCUGUAUCAGUCGUUACGAAAAAAAACAAUUUAAGACGAUGGCGACAAAAAUAAUCUCAUUGACCGAUGUUGUGUCGUUAAAGCAGUCUCGUUUAUCGCAGCUUUCGAGGUAAAACGUACACGAUUGCAUGGUGCAUCACUUUUGCAUCCCAAUUUACUUUCUUAUUGUUCUAGCUCCAUGUUCAUGAGAAUACUGUGCGCUCGGAAAUGACAACAUUGUUUCUCGCUUUGAAUCCAGGAAAGACAUGACGCAGUGCGUUUAUGUUCCUUUCCUUGAAUAAAGAUCUUUGUACUUGUCGCCUGUCGACCACAUUAGUAUGUAAAUUUCAAAGCUCCGCAGAUUCCUUCUCGCGUGCAUCUCUACUUCGUUUGAAAUUCCGCCUUCUCACUGAUUAAAUCGCGCGGCUCCUAUUUGUCACUAGUUUUCGGAGUUUAUUGACAUGCCCGUGGAUGCCACUUGCUCUCAAUUUUGUGUACGAGUUUCAGCUCCUUCCUGUACAUUGGCCCAAAGGCCUUCUGUUUACAAGCCCCAUGUACUUCAUCUUUCAGUCAUUUUCCGAGGCCUUUUCUUCUGGCGAAUUGGCUCCCGUAAUGUCCCAAUUCAAACUCUGCGAUGGCGCCGUGGACGCCGCCAAAACCGGGGGUAUGUUUCCCACAUUUGGUUUCCGCCAACGUUGUUUAAUGGCUUAUUCCGUCAGUUUCUGGGCCGCUUGAUUGCUCUUACUUCAGCCCUUAUUACGAAAAAACAGUAGCGAUUAAGAGAGUAGACUCAAUGGGCCAGCCUUUGGAUUUGGACGAUACAAUGCGGUUGACGAAACACACACACCUCGGAUCUACCGUCUUAUGUUUUCCGCCUUUACCCUGUUCCUUUACAUCUACAUGAAUGUGGUCUGGUGUUAAACUGCUGCUCAUUUUUACUCUUCGGCGACAGGCUUUACCUGUGCACCGUUAGUCUAGGUAAGUGCGCGCAAUCGGAAAUCGGCAGUACUGUUAAACUGGUGCCCUCGUGCUCCCUGUCCACGACCUAUAUCCAGUAACGCUACAGUAAGACAACUAUGCCAGAUUGCUCUACUGGGUCCGCCUGUGAUGAUCAGACGCCGUGAUGGUCCCUCGUCAGCAUAUCGAAAUAACAGUUCAUAGGGACAAAAGCAACCUCUUAUUCUAACAGCGGCCAGGAUGCCGUCUGUUUGCAGUUUAAUGAGGCCAGGGUUGUCUGCUGGCACAUCACCACAAACAUAUUUGUUUAGUGUUUCAGAGUUUUACACUGUUGUUUUCACAUUUGGCUUUCCACCUGCACUGAAUCUCAAGACUGCUGAUACGUAUUUAACUCUAUCGGGGAUAAGUUAACACCUACCUUAACAACUCCCCCGUGUUAAGCACUGGCUGUCUCAAAUUUCCGCCUAUUGUCUGUGCACCGCCCCAGAUCUGGAAGCCUUGGCAACCGCCCUUCAGGACGCCAGCAAUUCAGAGACGAACCGAGAGUCCAACGCCACUGCUGACGCCUCCGAGGCCGAUCCAAUGGAGAAAGACGGCAGCCAGUCCAAGCCGGACAAAGGUGGAUCCGAGAAGAUGGAUACAUCUUAA